AUGUGUCGCCUCGCCAAAUGCCACUACACGGUUUGCAUGUGUUGGUCCCGCAACGAGUACGUCCACUGUUCAAAGGCACGCCCAAUCAAACACACAGAAGACUACAAGCCCUGCAGUAACAAGCCACCCACGGUUCUCAAACUUCUCAUCGGCUGGUGCGAUAAAUGCAUGUCGACAAUCGAAUCUCACCACGCAAACACUGAGAAUUACGAUAGAAACAGGCCGGCGAUCAAGUUCAGAGACGCCCUGUCCGUGCGGAGAUUCUGGGGCCUCUUGACUGCCAACCGCGACCUAGCAAAAGUCCGGGACAUUUUCUCGAGGCUGCACGAUCCCGAGGUGUCGUUCGAGUGGGAUACCGUCACUGAUUAUUCGCACAUGACUGUCCAGCCCGGCCACAUCACCUGGGAGGGGAAGCUCGUCCAAGAUGUGUAUUAUGCGGCAAAGGCUACGGCGGUCUUGCUCGGACCGGAUUCAUAUGACCCCGAUGUCGUGAGCUGGUCCGAGAUUACGCAGCGGGCGAGGGUUUACACCAUUGUGUGGGCGAACGGGUAUGAACAUGGGGAGAGGCAUGCUCCGAGGGUGCCUCUGUAUCUGGAUAAGCCGUAUGAUGAGGAGUUCUGGACGUUGGCAGCCCCUGAGAUGACUCGCCCGCCAAUGGAUUUCCAGUGGUGGAGGAGGAAUACGACAAGUGAUCUGGAGGGCUCUGAGGCUCCUCCUCCUAGCUACGGGCAGCUCUUUCCAGCAUCUGGCGGCGGUCUCGGACAUUAG